AUGCACCAGCUUCACGGCCUACUCAGUCAGCCUAACCCUUGUACCGUCUCGGACGACACUCACAAUCACCACAACGCCAGCAACGCUUUACCCGCGGCAGGAAUGACACUUGACCGCCACAGCAGCAGCAGCGACGAUGUCCUGGAUGUCGAGCAUCUGACGGCGGCGGCAAUCCGGCUCGCCCAGACGCAGACUGUGGGUCGUAUCGGCCGUCUGACCGAUGACGGGGGAAACCAGGACCAGGCAUGUCGUGAGGAGGAGAGAUUCGUCGUGGAGCAAGAGCGAGAUCGCAAUUCGGUCAACAUGCCUAGAGAACCUGCGGAGGUUGGUCUCACUGGAAGCACUCCCCAGCCUCAGGCGUUCCAACUCACAACGAUCAGCACCGAUCCGAACAAGGUCAAUGAUGACCUGCCCUUGUUGUGUACAGCUAGCAAGGACCAAGCCGUGAACCAGACUGGGCUGAGAGAGCCCAUGGCGCCCGCUGAGGCUACCACUAGCUCUUCGGAACUCGUCGUCAUCAAACAGCACAGCAACGCCUUCUCCACAGCGCCGCCCGUGGCCUUCACAAACAUGCUCGACGUCAACGAGCCGCGCUAUCUCGCAGACAACACAUCGGAGAGGAGGCUCUGCCGGGUCGUCAUAAUCAGCAACGUACCGCGCAAGCUGGACACACUGUCCUCAAUCUUGUCCCGCGUCCGCGGCGGCAUGCUGGUCUGUGCCAGGUUGGUCGACCUGUCAGACUGGCCUACUAAUCAGAACAAGACGAAGACAAGUCAAUAUGGUCUAGGCUCGAAAGAUGGGAGCGGUGGUGUUGGUGGCGGUGCCACGCGGAUGGCAUACAUCGAAUUUGCUGACCCUCGCGAGGCAGCCGCUUACGUUGCGUACGUCAACGAUAUCGAGCUCGUCAACAAGAAUGUCCUCUUCAGCUGUGAAGGUCAAGACAGAGGUCUUUCAGCCUUGACGGCGGGCAGCCCUGACAGCAGCGGCGGCGGCGUCCACGCACGUGAUGAACCUCAAGUGCAAGUCCGCCUCGCGGGAACACCAUCGUAUCCGCUCCCUGCCUAUAUCCAUCGGAUGAUCCAGGCCGAGGGUGCUACGCGCUGCGUGGUGGUUAGAUAUCAAGCCAUUGCCGCAGUACACGACAGCGAUGCUCAGUCCGCUACCGGAAUUGCAGCUGCAGGCAUAAUUGAAAAGUGCAUGGGUUUGAUUGAGCGGCGGUUCCUCUCGACUUGGCCGUACAGGGCACCAGACCGGGAGGGAAGCCCCGGAGGUGGUCGAGAAAGAUAUCCCUUGCUCGAACACGCCUGGAUCGAGCAGGAGUUCACGCCCGUCAAGGACAAUGAAACUGCCGAUUUAGGCCCCGCCUCCAGCGACCAGAUCGAUGAUGAUGGCAGCGAGAAUGCGCGAAUCAACGAACAAGCAGGCUCCCAUGACGGCAACGACGCCGCUCCUUCCCACGAGCAGCACAACCAUGGAACUCAGACCAAAGACGGCAGCGCCACCACGACAUUGCUCCACCUAAGCUUCUGCAAGCUCGAGCAUGCGAUCCGCGCCGCGAGCGCACUGCGAUACCAGAUCCAUGCGUCAUCGUCGCCGUCGUUGUCGUCGUCAAGCGUUCUCGUUGGCUUCGGAAGGGAUCGCUGUGCCGGGGACAUAGACGAGCUGCAGGACAUCGCUUCUGCCCUGCCCUUUCCCUCAGGUCAUACCGCAACCCCUCAGCCAGAGACCCUAGACCACGACGAGCAAGCCAUCCGACAGGUAGAGUGUGAGAAACUCUCCAUCUUGGAGGCGUGGAAGUCCGGAACGCUCGGGCAGGUCCUGGAGGACAACUUUCCCGGCUUCAUCCACAGCCCACCGCCGCCUGACGCUGUUACUGCCCACACGCGCCGAGAUACUGCAAUCCCGGCCCGCCGCAGCGAUCAAAGGGAUACAGACGACCUCCUCGGUCUCCACGAGGGAUAUGACGACAGCAAAGGUCAGAAGUCGGCCACUAGCCCUCCUGCAAGUUCAGCCCGGUCCACGAGCCCGAGUCUGUGGUCCUUGUUCACGCCAGUCUCGCCAACAGACGCAGAGGACUCCCCGCAGGCAUCGGACUCGUGUGACAUGGCUCGGGGUGGAGAGGCACGAACGCAAGACAACACGAAAAGGGCAAUCGAAGAAUUCGAAGAAGCAAGCGAGGAAGGAGAUGAUGAUUUAUUGCUUUUUUGA